AUGGCUUCUACCACAAGUAUAGCUACAGAGGCUCCAGUCUAUGUCGCUGGAGCUACAACAAAGCUCAGCCAAAAAGAAAUCAUCCCCAGCAAAACUGAUGUUGGAGCUUUGGCAAACAGAAUUAAUACAGAGACAAGAUCAUUGCACGAUAAAGUCGACAAGUUGGUCACCUUGAAAUUGGCCAUUGCCUUGCGCAACUAUAAAGUUUUCCGUCAAGGAUUGCAAGCUUUUUACCAUGUGUUUGCCAGUAUUGAAACUAGUUUGCACCACCAAUUGGACACAUACCCCGACUCGGAAUGGUCCAAGAUGCUUUCGCAGGUAUGGAAGCCAGAAAUUGCUAGAAAAGAAAAGGCAGAACAAGACCUUUUGUUCUUUUAUAAUGACGACAAGAGCAAGUUUGUCGACCCAAUGAUGAUUGAACAGAUUAAAUUUGCCAACCACAUCAAACAAGUAACCGCUGAAAAACCAUACCUUUUGUUUGCUUACUUGCAUGUGAUGUAUUUGGCGCUUUUUGCAGGUGGCAGAAUUAUGAGAUCUUCAUUUGCCAAGGCUACAGGAAUGUACCCAAGAAAAGAUGGUCUUUCCCACGAGGAAAUCGUUAAAUUGGGAACCAAUUUCUUUACAUUUGACGUUGCUGAUGAAAACUUGUUGCGCGUUAUUUAUAAGAGAGAUUAUGAACUUGUCACAAGAAACGGACUCACUGAGGAACAGAAACAAGAGAUUAUCGAGGAGUCGAAAUUCAUCUUUGAACAAAAUGCAAAAUGUUUACAUGAAUUGGAGAACCAUAACUUGGCAAAGAUUCAAGGAUCGUGGACAUACUAUGCAGUGACAAAAGGGUACUAUGGUGUAAUAGGGUUGUUGGUCAUCUUGAUUUUGUUUUAUGUCCAAAGAGUGCUUUUUAGAAGCCUUUAG